UUGAAUUUCAAAAGACAUAUUUUCAGAUUUUUUCCGAUUUACAAUCCAAAAUAUGCUCGAUUGUAUUCGCAAAGUCGGAAGCUCGGUACACUUCCACCUCACAUCUUCGCCAUUGCCGACGUCACUUAUCACAACAUGCUUCGUAUCAAAGAGAGUCAAUGUGUGGUGAUCAGUGGUGAGAGUGGUUCGGGUAAAACUGAAUCCACAAACCAUCUGAUCUCUCAUCUGACAUCGCUUUCUCAGAAAGGUAGCAAUGCGUGUACAUCCGAGACCACUCUACUCAACGCUGGGCCAGUCCUCGAGGCAUUCGGUAACGCCGUUACGCUGCAGAACAAUAACAGUAGUCGCUUUGGUAAAUUCAUCAAAAUCAACUACAGGGAGAACGGAAUGGUAUCUGGGGCUAAUGUUGAAAUUUAUCUUCUGGAAAAGUCUAGGAUAAUUUCUCAGGCGAAAGGUGAAAGGAAUUAUCACGUGUUCUACUACCUCUUGGAAGGCGCCAGUGAAGCAGAUCGCGCCAAAUAUUUUCUCUUGAAGCCACAGGAUUACCAUUACCUCAAUCAGCAUGAGCAGUUCUCACCUGAAGGUGUAAACGAGAAGUACGAGUUCGAGCGAUUACGAAGGGCGAUGAGCAGCGUCGGUUUCAACUCCUGUACCCAGUCGACGCUUUUUGGCCUCAUUUCGGCGAGGCAUGCGUAUCAUAGCGAUGAGAAUGCCUACAUUGAGAAUGAAGAAGUUGUGGACUUGGUUGCUCAACUGCUCAACAUCAAAACGGAAGCUCUUAUUCAGGCGCUCACGAUGAAGCGGCACGUCAUGAAGACGGAGACUGUGGUGACCCGGUACAGUGUUUCUGAGGCGAUCAACACACGAGAUGCCAUGGCAAAAUGUUUGUACAAUGCGCUGUUCCACUGGAUUGUGCUGCGAAUCAAUCAGGCUCUCAUGAGGAAGGACGUCUCAGGCAGUGUGGGAUAUUAUAUAGGAAUCCUGGACAUAUUUGGAUUCGAAGAUGUGGGCGCUCAGUGGAACUCAUUCGAGCAAUUGUGCAUCAAUUACGCGAACGAACAUCUUCAAGCGUACUUCAACCAGCACAUCUUUCAGUUUGAGCAGGAAGAGUACCAGUCUCAAGGUAUCUGUUGGACGAACAUCGAGUACACCGAUAACACCGAAUGUGUCCAGCUUUUCCAGAGUAAACCAUACGGUUUGUUACGGUUGAUCGAUGAAGAGAGCAAUAUCAACAAUGGAACUGACGAAUCGAUGCUUGCCAAACUCAAUCAGUUCCUCAAGACCAACGAGUACUACGAGACGCCGCAACGCAAAGAACCAGCGUUCAUCAUAGCCCAUUAUGCUGGAAAAGUCAAAUAUCAGAUCACGGGUUUUCGCGAGAAGAACAAGGAUCUCAUGCGGCAGGACGUACUGAACACAUUGAAGACGAGCAGAUGUGCACUAAUGAAGGCGGCAUUGGCCACUGACCCAGUGGCAGCUUACAGGUGGACCUUCGCUCGAACUGUGUUCCGAGCCAUGAACGCCUUCAAACAAUCGGGGAAGAAGCUCGCCAGAAGCGAGUCCGCUGGUCACCUUCGAGUGAUCAGAGAGGUUCCGGAGGCUCGCCGUGGAUCGGAUACGGCUCUCUCACAGUUCCUCCGUGGUGAUUUGCACAUUGAUCUGCCUGACUUCUGUGACACCAGCAUGUUCAAAACGAUCGUCAAUCAAGCUAGGCGCACGCCGGCAAAAGGCGAGGAACGCAUCAGUACGGUCAGAUGUCUGCAGAUCCUCAAAGAAACGAUAGGAAAGCGGAAAAUUUCGAACAAGCCCACUUCGGUCUCCAAACAAUUCGAAUUUUCGCUGAAUCGUCUCAUGAACACUCUUGCUCAUGCCUCACCAUACUUCAUACGAUGCAUAAAGAGUAACAACGACAAGAUCCCGAACCACUUCGAUGACAACAUCAUCCUUCGCCAACUUCGAUACACUGGUAUGCUAGAAACGGUGAGAAUCAGGAGAGCCGGCUAUAGCGUGCGAAUAGAAUGGGAUGCUUUUGUUCAACAAUAUCGCGUGCUACUUCCCAAUGGAUUGAACAGUACGAGAGAAGACGUGAAGCAUUUCCUCAGUACACAUCCUUCCAUCGCUCCUGAUAACGUUCAGUACGGUGUGAGCAAGAUUUAUAUGAGGGACGCUGAUAAGUUAAUACUCGACGACCAUCUUCAUAGGGUAAUCAUGCAACAUAUCGAUACGUUGCAACGUUGGUUCCGUACGAUCAUUGCCAGAAAGCGCUACUUACGAAUGAAGCAGGGCAUAGUGAAGAUUCAGGCACUUGUACGGGGUGUACUGGCGAGGAAUCACCUGCGAAGACAGGCCUAUGCUGCCCUUGUAAUUCAAAGCAAUUGGAAACGGUAUCGCGAAGAGCACCGGUAUCGAUUGCUGCGUGAAGCCGUCAUAGCGCUCCAAUCGGCGUUCAGAGGCCGUGAAGCCAGGAAAAGGAUCGGAGAUAUACCACGCCAACGAGGGCGGAUUCGGGUGAAACGAGUUCAGGCGGUGAAGCUCCCAGUAUUCGAUCUCGACAAUCCUCAAUCAUUGGCUGUGUUCGGGUUAAGCGAUGAUGACGAUCUCGAAAGUGAUGACGAUGACGGCGAAUCGACUCAAGAUGGUCUGGAUGAGGAUGUGUCCGAAAGCAGCGUGCUGGGUGAAAUCGAUGAUGAGGCGAUCGAGCUCGACGCGACGUUCAUUCUCGAAGAUACUAAGUUGAAGCUUAUUGAAGAUUCCUGCGAUCUUGCCAGCCAUCGCCGGCAAUCCCUUGCCCCAACCGCUUCGACAGCAAAGUUAAAGAUGUUGAGAAGAGCGAACAGUACAGACAGUAAUACGAUGGUUCGUACAGAUGACACUUUCAAGCCUCUUCAGCUUGGGAGUCCAACGGCAAAGAAAAAGACGGGUAGCCGUAUGGGCUUCACAAAAGCCAAGAAGAACUUGAAAGCGUUAUUUGGUCGACGAAGUGAUAGCAUCAACGAGUAUGACGGGGUUGACAACGAGUUGCCAGCAAGCAACGAAUUAUCCCUUCCCUCCGUCACACCGGACCAUCACCUCAAGGUGUCACGACUGCAUAGGCAGGAACCUUGUGCGGUUUGCAAUCGACAUCUCAGCGGCUUCAUCACUCAGGUCUACAAAUGUACCCAGUGUAAGCUGUGUUUCCACAAGGAAUGCUCCUCCUUCGCGAAGUCCCUUCCCUGCCAACCGUCGUCGCCGCUGAGGUCGCCGACAAGGUUCGGCUCACCACGACGAGCAUGGGAUAUUGUAAGCAAACCGCGACCGUCGAUGGCAAGUGAGACAACCUCCAGUUAUUCACGAUCAUUCAAUCUCAACAAAACAAAGCAACAGACGGAUCCGGGUAAUAUGAUCGUCGAGUCUACGGAGGAUUUGCGCCAAUUCAGUGUGUUCAUAUUCAAAAAACAAUCGAAUUUGGACCAAAAGGCCAGCAAGAGGGACACGGUCGUGGAUGCACUCUUCAAAAAAUCGCUCAGAGAGUUCCACAUGGAACUCAUCGGCUACGAAGCUGUGCUUAAUGAAGAACGGGCUGUGCUGAAGUAUCGCGAUCUGAUCACGACGUUCGAAGGUGUGCUCACAAAAGUAUGCAAAGAGGAGAAAGUGUCAUUUCCGACGACGCUGGGGGUAAAUGCCUUCAGGGGUUUCCUGAACGAGUUCAUGCAAAAUCAAAAGAAGCGAGGUGCAAAGCAGAAGUCGUCCAGUAUCAUCAAGAGUGUACGUAAGAAACGUCGACGUUCGGAUGUGACCGUGGUGAGCAUUCGCAGAACACGCUGA